AUCUAAUCGUCUGCUAAUAGCGUAGCGUCGCCGAAUGAACGCAAUUUUGUGUCGCCUGUGAUAGUUUAUACAGUUUUUAUUUCCGAAAAUCUGCGGAAGUCUUAAUAAAACCUCAAACACUGUUAUGAAGUUGUUUACAUUGGUUGGUUGCUAAGUAGCGAAGCGUGCGUGACAACAGCGCGUGUUUAUUUAUGGUGGCGUCCGUCAAGUGAAGCGACAAACAAAUUUUCCUUUGUGUGUUUUAAGUGAAAAUCCUGCGGAAUUUCGCAACUUUUGUUGUGUUUAGUGUCUUCAUGGUGAAAAUGAUGUGCAAAUUCGAACAUUCUGAACACUAGCCCCCCUUCAGAUCGUGCCAGUGCGUUGCUGAAAAAGCCCCAUUUUUUUGCGAAGUGUUUCCCAAUCAGAGUUCCUAGCGCUCGAUUUGCGAUCAUUUACUCAGGAGCAAAGAUUUUCUUUUUAUUUUCCUCACCGAUUGUGAUGUGCCCAGACUUCCUUCUAGAAAAACGCUCCGUCAGAAGAUCGCUGGUACCCCAAAACUGUCUAGUGCACUCCAAGAGAAAAGGCAUCUUCAUACACCCCACGGCUAUGUAUAAAAACUGUUUCCCGAUUGGUGUUGCUUGUGCUCAGUUCAAUAUAUAAGCGCUGGUGCGCUAUUUUCGAAUCAAAGCUUUAUUAGUGUGAUAUUUCGGUUUACCUGGACAAUAUGAAGCUGCUAGAAAGCACUACCUUUGAAGCCAUCAACAAUGCGCUUCAGAUUAAAAAUGGAAACUGCAGGAUUUCAGGAAGGAUUGAGAGCUAUUCCUGUAAAAUGGCUGGCGGCGACAAGGCCCUGUACAAGAGGUUCAAUACAGAGGGCCUCAAUCCCAAUGACCUGCAGGCCCUUUCACCUCCACAAACCGUGUCCCAAUACAGCAGAAGUGUUUCAGGAGAUGAAGAUGGGACUCUUUGCGACACCAUCAGUCGCAAGACUUUAUUCUACUUAAUUGCCACUCUGAACUCUGCAUUCCCGGAUUACGAUUUUAUGGAUGUCAAGAGUCCCGAGUUCAGCAAGGAACCGUCUCUCCAAUGGGUGACGAACGCAAUCGAUUCGCAACUGACUGCCACUAUUGGGGAUAUUUACAAGUCACUCAGACCCGCUCUGUGGACUGCACUGGACAACGAAAUUUCCCUGGAAAAUUGUGCCAUCUACUCCUACAAUCCGGAUCUGUGCUCUGAUCCUUUUGGCGAAGACGGUUGCUUGUGGAGCUUCAACUACUUCUUUUACAACAAGAAGCUGAAGCGCAUUGUGUUCUUUGCAUGCAGAGCCAGCAGCCCGAGUUAUGCUAUCGACAUGGGCUUCGGGAGCGAGUUGGUGAUGGAUGAAGACGAGAUUUAGAACUGAGGGGUUUGGUCCAAAGUCUUUUAAAUCUAACCGGCGUCCUUUAAACAAAACAUUUAGUCCACUCCAGUAUAUCUCCUUUCGGGCACAUCACUAGUUUGUUCUAAUCGUACCUUCAAUUCGUGCAAUAUUGGCGUUAUAAGCAAAAGUCUAUGAAAGAAUCUCUAAUAUUAUUUAUUUAUUCAAAUUACAUUCAAUUCGGCGUUCUGAUCUGCAGGGGUUCUUUCCAUUUCGAGGUCUACAUUGUUUUGUUAAAAGCAGCACUUCGACCAGCUAUUAUAAAGGGGAAGGUUCGACGAUGACUAUUAUAACAGCAGUCGACAUUUCAAAGGCCGAUUGCCAUUAACUUUUUUUAAUGGUAAAAUUACUUGCAAGUGUUGCGGAUCAUAUUCCUUAUCUCUGAGUCAUAAUCACUUAAAGUAUGUCUUUCAAGCAUUGCUGGAACCUUCUCAUCUACAAUAGCUUCUUCAAUAUAUAUCCUCUAGUGACGUAACAUUCAAUAUAUUAACCUAGACAGUUUAGAGUUUAUUCAGAAUCUAAACAUAGAAUUAUUUUGGUUUUUUUCAGGUAUAGGUUUGGUUUUAAUGCGAGAAGUUUGCGUUUUUUCAAGUCUCGUCCGUUUAUUGAUAAUAAACCUUCGGUUUUGGCAGUGCGAUAAUGAUUUCUUGGUAUCACCCUUCACUGAGAAUGUUUUAGCAAAAACUCUUCGAUUUGCGAUAGGCGAACAAUUAAUUGAUUUUCGAGGUAUUCUGCUGAAAUGAAUACUUUUUUUGUUAAAACCCGUGACAUUUUUGCUUCAAAAGAAUGGAAAAUAACUUUUAAAAUGCAAAAAUUUGAAAGCAUCUAACUGAGUGUGUAAAAUUGCAAAAUAAUCAUGUCUUUUCAUAGGUUCUGAAAGAAAUAUUUAAGUGUUUCCGGGUAAAAAAAAACAAUAAAAAAUCAUUACACCGCAACUCCCAAACUGAUGCAAGCGAACGUUUCUCCAAACAUCAAUUGUUAACGAUCUUAUGCCUUUGGUAGCUCAAAAAUUACAAGAGUUUGGCCUUUUUUUCCGUUUAUAUUGAUGUCUACUUGAACACUUGGCUUCGUGAGUUUUUCGAGGGGCUUGCAAAGCGCCAGGAUGAAAUUCUACAGGAAGAAAACUGUGAAAACAGCUUUGAAAUCUACAUUUAUAAGCAUUUUUUAGACUUGAUAAAUUUCCAAUGGCAUUAAAAGCAAAUUUUAUUCGAAUUUCACUUAAAUUACUGAAAUCAAAUAUUUUUUGAGCCUACACUGUACAAGUUGGGACAAUUUCCAGAAAUAAGACUUUCCGUUCAGUAUUGGUCAAUAUUCGGGAACAUUUUCCAAGCCUGGUAGUUUUCGCACCAACGAGCUGGUCACCAUCCAGGGUGUGUCUAAUAUGAAAUAGUCCGAUUGCUUCUAAACGGAUUGAAAACCCAGUUCGUUCCUCAAAAAGUCGAAUAAAAUCCCAGAUUGCUUCAGAGCUUCGUUAAAAAAACCACAAAUUUUUAAUUGGAAAAUUGUGCCAUCUACUCCUACAAUCCGGAUCUGUGCUCUGAUCCUUUUGGCGAAGACCACAAAUUUUUAAUUUUUUGAGAAUCCCGAGGGGCAAUCAGAACUAUUUCAUACUAAUGGACACCGUGUAUACCAAAAUAAGCUUUUGGUGAGAGCAAAAGUACAAAAUAGCGUUAAACUUUUAAAUGUAGUUGUUUCCCGCUAGUUAGAAAGUGUUUACAGUAGUCUGGCGCACAGGAAUUGAAUGGAAAUGAUCAACUUCCACAACUCCUGUCGUUCGGUCACUUUUUGUUAAGUUUCUUCGUAAAUGUUUCACAAAAGUAGUGGUAGUGAUUCUACUGAUCUAGUUUAGCUUUAAAACUGUUAUAAGGCCUGAACUGACAUUCUUUGGGGUAUUUAAGAGUGUCAGGGUCGAUCUUAUAAGAACUGAUUAAUUUUUUAGAAGACGUUACAUUGACUAGUUUCUAGAUAUAUAAGUACCAUACACCAAAAUAAAACUGCUUCUUAAUGCAA